AUGGAGGAAACUGCCAUCCUUUAUCAUAACAAUGAGAGAACGGCUUUUCUAAUCGACAUCCCCGCUUCAAUCGCACUCGCACAGGAACUUUCCCCCGUGCAGCGACAUUCUCACAAUGCAGACUCAACAACUGCAGGCCCUACUGCAGCCAAACGAAGCCACAAAGGGCAUAUUCUAUCUUCACCGCCAUUGGAAAAACCUUAUCCAUCGACAACAGAGCCCAAGACAGAUUCUGCGCGGGCGAAAGUGCUAGAGAGAAUCCCCGUCGCUGAGCAGGUCUUCCACGCUGGGAUUGAGUCCCUGGUUCAGGAUGGACUGAGAACAAUCCACGAAGGGUACCAGGAUGGUUCGUACUGGUGUUUACCCAGGCAUGAACAGCAACUUGAUGAAAGUCGAUGGGUAGACUCACAGCCUGGUGAGGUGUCUCCCAAGAAGAGGAAAUGGGCUCAGGGGCAGCUUCAGAGGGGCAAGGCACCGAUUUCUAGCGAGCCUCAAUCUUUUCUUCCAGGGGAUUAUUUGAAUUCGCAGAAUCUAUCUCAUGGUCCACCUGUGAUAUUGUCGCCGACAUGUCUGAAUGUAUUUGAAUCCAUGACGGAGCUUCAUGACGUUGUCGUGAAAAACACAUCACCCAAAGCGGCAACCUUGAGCAUACGCUGCUCCGCUAUGUCUGGUCAAAGCAGUCAUCGCUCUUUCAGUGUACCGCCGUUAUCCAAUCUCUCAUUGUGCACAUUGCCGAUGUCAAACCCAGACACUACCUUGCCGAAUCCAGUCCCUGGGUUACCUCGAAAUCAGAAAUUCAACCUCAUAUUGAUGGAUCCGCCUUGGUCCAACCGAUCUGUUCGUCGAAGUCGCAAUUACCAAACACAUCCAUACUUCGAUAUGGAGGCGUUCACAGAACGGAUUCGGGAUAUUCUUCGAGUGCAUCUGUAUGAUAAUCAUAUAAGCCGACCUAAUGAUGCUCCGGAGGCUAUUCCAGGCCAGAAUGGAAUCGAUAAACAGAGUAAAGAAUCUAUAGCAGCUAUCUGGGUUACCAAUUCGGCAAAAGCACGAAAAGCUGCUUAUGAUGCCAUUCAGGGCGCAGGGCUUGAUGUUUGUGAAGAAUGGGCGUGGAUCAAGACCACUUCAAAUGGAGAACCAAUAGCACUACUCAAUGGUAUUUGGCGAAAACCAUAUGAAAUCGUUGUUAUUGGGAGGAAACGCCAACAUAAUCAAGGGGAAAGCUUCGACAAUAUCACCAGAAGAGUCAUUGCAGCCGUACCUGACAUUCAUUCACGAAAACCGAAUCUGAGAGAAAUAUUUGAAAAAGUAUUCUUCACAUCUUGCUCGAUGUCCAACGAUGAUGCUUCUAGUGUCGGUGUGCCCUACUCUACUUUGGAAGUGUUUGCGCGUAACUUGACCGCUGGAUGGUGGGCCUGUGGCAACGAAGUGCUCAAGUUCAACUCGGAGGAAUGGUGGACUAAGGGCUAA